AUGUCUUUGGAAAGAGAGGAACCACAUCAUUUUGGUGCUGGACCGGCACAAUUGCCUACUCAAGUUUUGCAACAGGCAGCUAGAGAUUUGCUGAACUUCAAUAACCUUGGUUUGGGUGUUGGUGAAAUUUCACAUCGUUCUAAGGACGCUAAGAAAGUGAUUGAAGAUGCUAAGGCGCAUUUGAAGGAAUUGAUGAAUAUCCCAGAUACUCACGAGGUUUUCUUUCUGCAGGGAGGCGGUACCACGGGGUUUUCUUGCACUGCUUCGAACUUGGCAGCCGCUUACGUUGCCAAGACGGGUGAAAUUGCUCCUGCAGGUUACUUGGUGACGGGUUCUUGGUCUCAGAAGGCGUACGAGGAGGCUCGCAGGCUGCAUGUGCCGGCGGAAGUAAUUUUCAACUCUAAGGACUUUAACGACAAGAAAUACGGUAGUAUCCCAUCAGAAAGUGAAUGGAGCGACAGGAUUAAGGGUAAAAAGUUUUCGUAUGUCUACCUGUGCGAAAACGAAACCGUUCAUGGUGUGGAGUGGCCAAAACUACCCGAAUGUAUCACCGCUGAUGAAAAUAUCGAGCUGGUGGCGGACUUGUCCAGUGACAUCUUAUCCCGUGAGAUCGAUGUUUCCCGGUACGCUAUGAUUCUCGCUGGUGCUCAAAAGAAUAUCGGGUUGGCCGGUUUGACGGUUUACAUCAUCAAGAAGACAAUCCUGGAUGAGAUCUCCAAAGUGCACGACGACGAGCUAUAUAAACUUGGUUUGCCCAUCACGCCAAUCGCUUUCCACUUUCCUACCGUGGUCAAGAAUGACUCCGCUUACAACACGAUCCCAAUCUUCACCCUGCACGUAAUGGAUCUCGUGUUUCAAAACUUGCUAAGCAAAGGUGGUGUCCCAGCACAACAGAGGGAGAAUGAGCGGAAGGCUAAGAUCCUUUACGAUGUUUUGGAUCAGUACUCUAAUUUCUACAAUCUCCCAGUGGAAAAAUCGUGCAGAUCGAAGAUGAAUGUUGUUUUCACUUUGAAGAAGGAAGGCUUGGAUGGCAAGUUCCUGCAGGAGGCUGAACAGCGCGGAUUGACCGGGUUGAAAGGUCACCGUUCUGUCGGCGGGUUCAGGGCCUCUAUCUACAACUCUUUGUCCUUGGAAUCUGUCCAAAAACUCGUUACAUUCAUCAAAGAUUUUGCAGAAAGUAAUGCUUAA